CCAGCCUAUCUCUUUAAAUGAGACGGCGCUGCUCCGCUCUGCGUGCGUGCGUGCGUGCGUGUGUGUGUGGAGGAGAAUAACGGGACAGAGAGAGGCCGCUCUGUUAUGGAGGACGAGACGGUGGCAAACCCCGCGGAUCGGUUCUCCUGCUCUCCCGCAGACGGAUUCCAAAGCAGACCGUGAACCGGACCUGUUCAUCCCGGGUCUGGUUCUGGACCGGUUCGUUAUCGGCCUUUUUCCUGCGUCUAUGGACUCGAUGGGCGCGCCACCUCCUGCUCACCUAUAGGACGCAGGGCUGUUAUUCCUCAUUAUUACCGAGAGGACGGACCGAACCAUGGACUGAACCCCGCCGUCUUCAUCUGAGAGGUUACUGAUGUUUAACAUGUCCUCCUCGUCUGAACUGAAGUCCCCCUGCAUGACUCGAAACGGAAUUGUGAAGUUGGCCGCCAAUCAGCCCAAUGGCCUGGGCAGCGCCAGCAUCACCAAGGGGACCCCAGCUGCCAAGAACCGCCUCUGCCAGUCAUCCUCCGUUCCCUCCAUCCUUCCUCCUUCCUCAUCUUCUCUCUCCUACCACCACCACCACCACCAUCACCUCCUCCUGGAUGGCACUGGCAUGCCUCACACUGCUUCUCCAUUACUGACCUCAGACUUGGACCCUGGAAAACCUCUGAUUGGCCUGAAGCCAUCACUGCGCCAUUUCCCCCCUCUCACCCUUUCUAAGCCUGUACUGUUUGAGCGACAACUUGUCCUGGACGAGAAGCUUCUCAGCCGGCUCUUCUGCUAUUUCACCACAGCUGAAAAAUGUAUGCUGGCGCAGGUGUGCAAGACAUGGUGCAAAGUUCUGUAUCAACCCAAGUUCUGGGAAGGAGUGACACCUAUCUUGCAUGCCAAGGAGCUGUACAACCUUCUGCCCAGUGGGGAGAAAGAGUUCGUAAGCCUGCAGGCCUUUGCUCUGCGUGGCUUCCAGGCAUUCUGCUUGGUGGGAGUGUCGGACCUCGACAUUUGUGAAUUCAUAGACAACUACCCUCUGUCCAAAAAGGGUGUUCGCUCAGUCAGCCUUAAACGCUCAACCAUCACAGACGCUGGUUUGGAGGUCAUGUUGGAGCAGAUGCAGGGCAUGAUGCAUUUGGAGCUCUCUGGCUGCAACGACUUCACAGAGGCCGGCCUAUGGUCCAGCCUCAAUGCCAGACUGACUUCUCUGAGCGUCAGCGACUGCAUCAAUGUGGCGGACGAUGCUAUUGCUGCGAUCUCCCAGCUCCUGCCCAACCUUUCUGAGCUGAGCCUUCAGGCCUACCACGUCACUGACACUGCCAUGGCCUACUUUACAGCCAAGCAGGGCUACACCACCCACACUCUGCGGCUUCAGUCAUGUUGGGAGAUCACCAACCACGGGGUGGUGAACAUGGUCCACAGCCUUCCCAACCUGACUGCCCUAAGUUUGUCCGGCUGCUCCAAGAUCACAGAUGAUGGUGUGGAGCUGGUUGCUGAGAACCUGCGAAAGCUGCGCAGUCUGGAUCUGUCCUGGUGUCCUCGGAUCACUGACAUGGCCCUGGAGUAUAUCGCCUGCGAUUUGCACAAACUGGAAGAACUGGUGCUGGACAGGUGUGUGCGGAUCACUGACACCGGGCUGGGCUACCUGUCCACCAUGUCAUCUCUGAAGAGCCUUUAUCUCCGCUGGUGCUGUCAGGUUCAGGAUUUUGGACUGCAGCAUUUGUUUGGAAUGAGAAGCCUUCGCCUACUGUCUCUUGCAGGCUGCCCCCUCCUGACCACCACUGGCCUGUCAGGGCUCAUCCAGCUGCACGACCUGGAGGAGCUGGAGCUCACCAACUGUCCUGGAGCAACAGCAGAGCUCUUCAAAUAUUACUCCCAGCACCUGCCCCACUGCAUGGUCAUUGAAUAAGAGCACCCCCCUGCACUGAUGUUAUUCCUCCUUCUCUUCGCCCUUUCUUUUCUGAAAUCCUCCCUGCUCCCACCAAAGUAACCCCACCCUCCUGGAGCCGUUGUCUUCCUUCCUGGCCCACCAAGCAGACUCAUCCUCAGGCAGAAGGCAGCAGAGGGGCUGAUAACGGGCAUGCUGGCCCUGCAGGAAAAAGGGACAGGGAUGCUGAGAAGGAGCGUGAUGCGACGUCUUGUUUGACAGAAGAACCCUUGUUCAGACCUGAGCAGACACAACCUUUCUGUGAGUGAAGGCCCUCUGGACCACAAGGACUCACUUCAGAACUGCUACUCAGGAGGUUACAGGAAGAGGUCAGGUUGAGACUGGGGGUCAUGAAGAAGCAGUUCAGGCGUCAAAUGACUCAAAAAAACAGUUUCUGUCUUUUCUCCGUCAUAUGAAGGUAGAAGUUCUCAGCUUUUCUUCAGGACUCCAUCAGCUUUUCUGAUUUCUGUCAUCAGGACUCGGAACAACUAACAAGGAAAAAGAACGUUUUGAAAACAUCUGUUUACAGUGACAUUUUCUUUGUUUUGGGGGUGGGGGUGCACGCUUGACUGAUAUUGUGUGAUUUAGCUUCUUUUUGCAAGUUGUCAGUUUUGUUUACAUUGAUUAUGCUGGUGUGAGUAGAAGAAUGAGGUCAAACACAGGAGAACAUACAGGUGCGUUCACAGAAGGACUGACAGUUUCUUCUUCGAUUGAUGAUCAACUCUUGAUCUAGUUACCGCCUUCAAACCUGUUCAGACUGUGGAAUGUGAGCGGAAUUAUCAGAGAACUAUCAGGAGUUUAUUCCUCUAAAGUACGAGUAAUUAGGCAGCGAAGAGUUUUUUUCCCCCACUUCUUGAUGCUGGGGGGGAGGGCAAUAAUACACAUACAAUUCUAAUACACUUUGGAGUCAUGUCAAGUAGCUGUAGUGGUUGAUAAGUAAGGGUUAAUGGGCGACGAAGUGUGAAUUAUCAGAAAUUAACGCACGACGUGGAAGCCUGAACCAUCCGACGCAAAGCAGAGGGUGGUUGCUUGUGCGAAGUGCGUUAAUGGUGAUAAUGCACUCUUCCAAGGCCAUUUACCAGCUUAUACCAAGGUCACUUACAAAAGAAAUAAAUAUUCAACCAGUUUUUAGUACUUUAUUGUUGUUAUUUUUUCGGUUUUGAUCGCUUUUUUUCACCAAAAGGGAACUAUUUGUUCCCACCCUUUGACCUCUGACCUCAACUGCAGCGGCAAAGGAAAGUGAUAUCUAUGUUGAUGAUCACAAUGUGUUAAAUAAAGCAUCAGUUCAGAGAGAAAGUUCUCCUCUUACUGCCUGUUUUUGUCCAGAUGAUGAAGAUAAAGUUUGUUUAGAAGAAGGCAGCCCAGUGAUACAGAACAUUUAAAAUAUGUGACUGAAAUUUUUUCUAGGUGUACAUUAUCACUUUUUAAUGCACACCCAGCUGUCUUUCAGAAUCGAGGAUUCACCCUGACCAUGGUACAACCGUUCAUAAUCUGAAGCAACUCUCAGCAGAGCAGCAGAAACAUUUCUGUCCUUACAAACAUGAAAAAAGGGUUUUAUAGAUUCUUUUGUUUUGACUGUUCUGUGAACGAGUUCAGCUGUCAGAACAGGGGAGUAAGUUAAUGAUCAGGGCUGCAGAUCUGCCCCUCAAACUGGGAUGGAGCAGAUUCUGGUUUGAACCGGCCCCACAAAUCGACAUGUGACCCUAAUGUGAAAUUGCUGAUUGAUCAGAAUAUGCACGACAGGAAUUUAAUGACAUUUUUUUCAAAGCAAUCUUAUCAUAUUGACAUGUUAGCAAUUAUGUUCUAACAUGUAAACAAGUUAGCAUACAAACAAGGUGGUACUUCAAACAUAAAAAGUAAGCUGUAAAAAAACCUACUAAAGCCUCCAUGUUGCCAUGACAACCCCUCAAUGAUGGAAGAGUAAAAGAACAAAUGGGCUGGGCUGCAGGGGUCCCUGGCUGUCUGACAUCUUAAACAUCUGUGUUCAUGCUUUUGUGUUCAUAAAGUGUUUGCUUUGGGGAAAGCUUACAUUUCCCAUUGACCUCCAGCCUGGAAGGUGGGGUUGUGCCCUAGAGAAACUGUUUGAUGGCACAUUACCCAGCAUAGCUUGCAUGUUUUUACGUGGUCUGUUUUUUUCCCCUAUUUGUUCAGCUCUCUUUGGUGUACAGAAAAAUAUUUAUUUAGUCAUUUAUUUAUUAAAGAAACAUUUGUUAGCUAUUUUGUUUCAGUUCUGGAUUAUCUUAAAUUAUGGGGUUCAUUGAACUUUCUCACUGUUGGAUUUUCUUGUUUCUGUUGUAGCAGUUUAGCUGCUGUAAAGAAAGAAGAACACAAACCUUUGGAUAUCACUGACUAUGUAUAUUUCUUUAAUCUUUCUUAAAACACAACAGUAUCUUUGCUCUGUGCCAGUCUGUGUCAGCGUUGUGUUGCUGUUCAGCUGCUUCAUGGUGAGGAAAGACUCAUUGUGAGGUUUUGUUGUCCUGAAAUCAGCAGAAUAUACAGAGUUUGAUAUUUACAAACUCAAGGAAGUCUGGACACGAUGGCUAAAAUGUUCUCAUUUGAAAAGGGCAUGAUCUCUGAGGAUUAUGUGAAAGCUUAUUAAAAACAAAAGUGUUAACAUGAAGGUUGUUGGCUGCAGCUAAACUCCUGUCAGUCUGUUUUAUCCAAAUACUCCACUCGAGUAAAAUUCAUUUCAACCCUUGUGCUAUCUUAGAUGACCCCCCCUUCCAGUGAGGUGUUCCCCCUACCAUGACAAAGGUGGAUAAAGGUGGAAAGAUUUCAUGUAAUCCAUGGACACCAGUGAAGAUCACAAAUCAUUGAAGAAAAAAGGUUCAGAGCACUGUCUAGUGGGUCUAGAUGACCCACCUCCCAACGUUAAAGUGCCUAGGAUAGAACAAGGGUUAACUGAUAUUACUCAAAUAAGUAAAGAGUAGUCAUCCACAUCAUCUAUCAAGUAAAACUGGUGAAGAAUCUACUGAAGUACGACUUACCAGAACAAACGAUGAUGAAUGAUGUAUCCAAUAAGGCAAACAAAACCAAAUGAACGACUAAACUUAACUCUGUGGUAUUUCAUAUAUUUAUGACAGAACAUUUGAUCUGAGGGAAGACGUCAUGUGUGGAUUGAAUUAGGGAUGCACAAUAUUUGAUUUGUUUGCAGAUAGAUGUAAUGCAGAUUUUGUUUGGUUGAUACAAUACCUGAUAUUUCCAAAAUCUUUUUUUGUGAAACAAAACACUAAGUCCCAUGUGUUUGACGACAAACUUUGUGUUGAUUCAAAUUAUAUUAUUAUCUGUAUGCUCAAAGCUGAAUACUAUCGGCAGGCCAGUAGAAGUUUCUUUGUUCUGGCAGACAGGAAAUUUAUUUUAUUUUACAAAUGUUGUAUAGAUAUUAUUGUGCAAACUUCAAAAAUAAAUAUUUUGCAAAGAAGUGAUAGUUAUAUGCUGAAAACAGUCAAGUGCAGCUGAGUAAGAGCACGUUCUCAAACUAAAUUUAUUCAAGUCUAGCAAGUUUGAGGCAGUAAAACUCCUCUGAGGAAAACCAUUUUUACAAAAAGUAUGUAAAGUUAAUGGAAUGGAGUAAACAGAUGCCACUGCCAGAAUUUGUUGAGUUGCUCCCACAUUCGGGUAGUUUACUAUGUUUAUGUGUUUUCUGGGUUUACAUGAAAAAUUUGGGCAAAAUCUGGUUAACUGUCAUUUUAGAAAUAAAAGAAGAAAUCUCAGAAUUAAAAUUAGAAAUGAUUAAAAUUGAAACAUUUUCCUUUUAUUUGAUGGUUUAUAUUGUUGGUUCAGAGAUGUUUGUUUUUCCUGAUGCAAGAGCUUACUGUUAAACUGAAAGCAGCGGUCGAUACGUCUCCCUGUCCUGCUAGUUGAUCAAAAACUAAAGAGGCUUUCUGGCCUCUGUUCUCGUCCCGGUUUAGUGUUUUUGCGCUGGAUCAGCUUCCAGGACACAUGUUUACAUCAUGCAGACUCAUUCUCAACAAUAAAAACUCACUGGAGAUUCUU